AUGGUGAAUCCGCAGAUACAUCAAGAAAUGGAUCUGAAUUGGCCGGAAGUGCAUAGAGCAAACAUGGGUCAAUGGCUCGGGGCAACGAAGGACAUGUUUGCCUUGACACCAGUCCUAGACAGUAGCUUACCGAGCAAUUUCUCCUCGUUUGCACACUCGGAGCACAAUAUUCUGUCGUGGGAUCCGAGUAGCCACAAUAGACGGCACGCCUCGAUAUCCUGCUCCGAGCUUAGCCAAGAUUCUGGUGAAUGUAUUAACUGGCUGCACCCUUGUUUGUCAAUACAGUCUACUGCAGGUGAAUAUCAACUGGCGUCCACAAUUGACGGCCCAGGCUUCCUUCGGCCUGACCAGGUCGAUGACAAGGUCGAUGACAAAGUCGAUUGCAGACCUCAGGUGUCGAGCACCACCAAUGUCCCACACCAAACAGCACCAAGCUAUAAUCCGAAUAAGUGUUCCGGCACGUCAAAGACACAGUCUGCGUCAACGCCGGAUGAUACCACCGAAUGUAGUCCUAUCGGCGACAGGGGACCAGUGAGACGUCGUAAGAGGAAGCCGGCCCAUGUUCGGCUAGAUGAUGCUAUCGUUUGUGCAGAUGGAGAUACGAGUGCUUCCGGACAAGAUCGGAAGGCUCAAUUACGUGGUUGCCAUAACCAAGUAGAGAGGAACUAUCGCAGCAGGUUGAACAACGACUUUCAACUCUUAUUUAACGCCAUCUCUGAAUGCACAGAUGAGAAGGAUCUGGUUUCCAUGGGAUUCACAGACGGGGGGGCACGAGGCCGGAGCAAAGGAUCAAUACUACGGCUAGCCAGGCGCAGAUUGCUGGCGUUGCAUACGGAAAAUCGCGUUAUCGCCGGUGAGCUGAACACAAUAAGACACCACCAGAUGAAAUGUCAGAUGGGGCAUGCUAUCAAACCUCCUGGGGAGUCUGAACUUGACACGAGAAACGAAAUCAUCGUCCCACACGGUACGGAUUGUUCGAUGAUUAUGUUGUCUAUUUAG